AUGUUGAAGUACAUUCUGAUUCUUUCAAUUUUCAGUGCCGUUCAAUUGGUGGUCGCAAGCGAAAAGCUGAGCUAUGUCGCAGAACCAUCGCAAGUCUACGUCGUACCAAAACCUGCGAACGUCACGACCUUGCUAGACUUCAUUGAUUCUCGAGACGACCUUUCGAAUUUAUCACAAAUUUUGCGAGAGCCAGCAGGGUUUGCCAGAGCAUUUGACACAGCCCCGACUUGGUCUUUUACCUUCUUUGCCCCAAGCAACGACGCCUUCGAACAUACCGGCGCUUACUAUAGCUCGUUUGCCACAACGCCAAAGGGGAAAUGGUGGAUCGGUAACUUGAUCAACCACCAUUAUGUGCCCAAUUCGAAGUUGACAACCAGCAACUUCAACACAUCUCUAUCUCGUUUGCAGACCGCAAGUUAUCUUUACAUCAAUACUUUUGUGCAUGGGAGCGGAGAAAUAAAGAUCAAUAAUGUCGCAACUGUCACUGGGCCGGAUAAUCCAGUAACAAGCGGAGUUAUUCAUAUCAUCGACCGUAUCCUCGAUCCCUCGGCUCAGAUUUUCGAGUCAGAUUUACCCAAAGUUUCGCAGACAUUCAUUGCAGGGAGCUGCUCCAACCCAAAUAUUGCAUACUGUUAA